AAAAGACUGCAAGGACAAGGACAGACACACAAGAGAGAGGGAGGGCCGGUGCAGUUGUCAAAUCGUCAUGACUUUCUUGCGAAUAAUUGUUGUCAAUUGUGCGAAUAUGAAAAUUAUUUAAGGGCCGUUAACCUCACUCAUACGUCACAGGAAUGUUCGUGGAUCAAACCGCAAAAUGUUAUUUAUUGGAAACUCACUAUUGGAUCUUAUUACAAAGACGUCAGAAUCUGGUGAAAUUUUUACAUGAAUCUCUUAAUUUUUUCAUCGAAGGAUCGAUCGACGCAGUAAAUUAGGGGAACUGGUCGUGGCAAACAAUUAAUAGUGUGAGAUAAUAGAGGCAUUGUCAAAUAUUGUCAAUUGAAGCUGAAACCAAUGUACGGUUUUUAAUCUUCUUCAGGAACUUGUUCCUGUGAAAAUAAUAAAUAAAUUUAUUUUUUUAAAAUAAAGGAUCACAGAUGGCUUUUGACAAGCUGCAUAUUUUACCUAUUGCAGUUUUUGUACUUUUUCCAGCCACAUUUCUUAUAACGUAUAUUGUAGCUGUUUUAUUAAAACAUGUGGAAGCUGAAUUUCCAUAUAUAAGUGAUACUGGCACUUACUCACCUGAAAGCUGUGUUUUUGGACAACUUCUCAACUUUGGAACUAUGCUUAUGGCAUCAGUUGUGUAUGUACGGUUUCAACAAGUUCAGGAGUAUUUCAAGACAUAUCCUCUUCAUGUUUCUGUUAGAAAGUUAAACAAAUGUGGUGUAUGGUUUGGUCUUAUAUCCUGUCUUGGCCUCAGUUUUGUGGCUAAUUUUCAAGAAACCAAUGUAAUAACAGUUCAUCUUACUGGAGCUUUUAUGUGUUUUGGCUUUGGUACUUUAUAUUUUUGGGUUCAGGCAAUUUGUUCAUACUACAUGCAACCUCUGGCUAAUAGCAUUUUUGUUGCUCACCUAAGAUUAGCCUUGGCUAUGAUUUGCUCAGUAUUUUUUAUAUUGUUGAGUAUUACUGGAGUAAUUUCUCAUUUACAAUUCCAUGGUGCCAAUCCUCGUAAAUGGUAUCCCGUGGAUGGAGGAUGGGAACUCCAUGUCAUAAGUACAGUUUCAGAAUGGAUUGUUGCUAUUGCAUUCUGCAUUUUUAUCUUAUCCUUUUCUCAAGAGUUUCAGUCUCUCAGCAUGGAAGCAAAGAUAGUUCUUCUUACUGAACGAGUUGAAACAUCUGAUGUUAAUGAUACAUCACCAUUUGUUCCUCAUACUAGUGCUGAUGAAGUUGAUGUGAUUGUUAGGCAAAGUGGAGCAAGUCAUUCCGUUGUGAUAAUUGCUUCCAGCCAAGCACACUGUAAUCAUAGCAGUAGAGUGGAAUCUCCAGAUAAUUCAGAAGGUUUGCAUGAUGGAUACAGUGAACCUGGUGUCAGCACACCUGAAGUGAUGCAUUCUGCUCGGUGUUCAAGACCUUCAGAAUGUGGUAGUGAACAAUCAAGUGAACAUGUGCCACAAGUACCUCAUUCUGUUGUUAUAAUUGCUGCUUCACAAGAAUGCGGCAAUUCAUUAGGUGAAUGUAACAUUAAUGAGAGUGAACAGCCAGUUGUACCUGAAACUCAGCAAGAAAGUGAUAUAUUACCAAGUAAAUUGUUAUCUCUUUCACUCUCAUUGUUAGUUGCAGCAUUUUUUCAGGCAAUUCGAUGUUUACAAGAACUUAUUGAAGAUACAUUUCGAACUUUGCACUGUGAUUUGGAUCUAGAAUAA